AAUGUGCGUCAGUGGAAGAAAUGGAUCCGUACGUCUCUAACGUAGCCUAGCCAGCCCAGCUGCGUGUGCCAACUGCCAUGGAGGGUGAUGCAGAAAGCGCCAGUCGGGAGCGGACUAGGGCAUACCUUGAACGUUUGACACUGAUAAAGCAGGGAGCUGAGGCCAGGGUGUACCGUGGCAAGUUUCUAGGCAAAUCGGUAGUGGUGAAAGAAAGGUUCAAAAAGUGUUACAGACACCCUGCACUGGACGAGAAGCUAACUCACCGGCGGACUGCGCAGGAGGUGCGCUCUAUCCUAAGGUGUAAGAAGGCAGGGAUUUCAGCACCUGCAGUUUAUUUUGUUGACUACAUUUCCAACUGUAUAUAUCUUGAAGAUAUUGAACAGUCAAUUACAGUUCGGGAUUAUAUCAUAUCUAUUCAACAGACUGUAAAUUAUAUAAGCAAACUUAAUGGUUUGGCAGAGAAAAUAGGUCAGGUUUUGGCACAUAUGCAUGACGAAGAUGUCGUUCAUGGAGAUCUUACUACAUCAAAUAUGCUGUUGCACUUUCCAAUUGAAGAACUAAACCUGGUUCUAAUUGAUUUUGGACUGAGUUUUAUCUCAGCCCUCCCAGAAGAUAAAGGUGUUGAUCUAUAUGUCCUUGAAAAAGCCUUUCUUAGUACCCACCCCAAUACUGAGGAUGUCUUCAAGGCCCUUCUAAAGAGUUACUGUGCUACAUCUAAAAGGUCAGGCCCAGUAAUCAAAAAGCUUGAUGAAGUUCGACUGAGAGGUAGAAAAAGAUCAAUGGUUGGAUAGAAUUGAACAACUAUUAUUCAUGGUUUGUAUUUUUGUGCUUAUCUGGUGAACCUAUAAUAAAAAAACUCUAUAUUUUAUUGUAAAAAAAUAAAUAAGAUCCCUUCUU